ACAGUGCCUACAAAUACGGUUGCAAAUAUUGCAAGGCAUUGAAAUACAAAAAUGAAGCCAAUGAAUUGUGUUGCGCAAAUGGAAAAGUUAAAUUGAUUCCAUUACUUCCACCUCCUGAACCAUUGUACUCAUUGCUUUUAGGAAUAGGAACAGAUUCCAAACAAUUUUUAAACAAUAUUCAACAAUAUAACAACUGCUUUCAAAUGACUUCAUUUGGAACAACAAAAUUAGUUCGGGAAAAUUUCUUGCCUACUUUUAAGAUACAAGGUCAAAUUUAUCACAAGGCAGGUUCACUGUUACCAGUGUCAGAUAGCGACUACAAAUUUUUGCAAAUUUAUUUUAUGGGAAAUUCUUCACAAGAAAUCAAUCUACGUUGUGCACAUAACAAUUUAGUGAAAAGAUCAAUAGUUGCACAAUUACAAAACUUAUUUCACGAACACAAUCAAUUGGUUAAAUUAUUUAAAAGUGCAAUAGAUAUGAUGCCAUCUGAUGAUCACAAAAAUGUUAUCAGAGCUGAUAAAACUCCUGUGGGCCAACAUGCAGGACGUUUUAAUGCUCCCACAAUUGAUGAAGUUGCCAUUAUUGUAGUUGGAGAAAAUUUGGAAUCACGUGAUAUUGUUUUACAUCGUCGAAAUAAUAAAUUACAACGUAUUAAGGAAACACAUCGCUCAUAUGAUGCUCUGCAAUAUCCCAUAUUAUGUCACAAAUAUGUUGUUGAUAUGUAUGUUAAGAUUGAGACUGAGAGAUUAACAUUCAUCAGGUUGAAUCAGACCAAAUUUCGAUCUGAAGAGUACAUUCACCUUCGAGAUGCAAUCAAUUCGGAUGGAAAUGCAGAAAAUGUUGGCAGGAUGACCAUUCUUCCUGCAACCUAUAUCGGUAGUCCUCGGCAUAUGCAUGAAUAUGCUCAAGACGCUAUGUCCUAUGUUCGUCAAUCACCCAUUUAUCGUCAUGACAUUAUAGCAAGAGUCUUCAGACAAAAGUUGAAAUCUUUAAUGGAUUUCAUUGUGAAACAUUGUGUGUUUGGUGAAACACGUUGUUGGAUGUAUUCUGUAGAGUGCACAGAAGAGUGCAUGAUCUAA